CAUGAGCAGAAAAUCAAAAUACUAUAGCGAGGGAAUGUCGGCAGUCGCUUUACGCUUUGAGCAAUGAAACGCAGUCGUCUUCGCAGAGUUACUUGCAACAGAGAAGCUACUCGUUAAAGCAACUGUGACAUAUCUUCUUUAAAAUCCAUUUAUUGAAGGGAUCGUUUUCAGUUGAGUUAACAGCAUUAAUGAUUUGAAAGAAACGUUUCUACCAUUAGAAUGGGCAACUCCCACUCCCAUGGUCAUCACCAUCAUCGCAAGAACCGUAACGGUAACGGAUCGAACGCUUCUCUCGGAGAUAAAAUGGCUACUCCUGUUCCUCCCUUCAAACAUGCUCUUUCUGAUCACCAUCAUCAUUUCCCAUCACAGAACCCCACCUCAGCCUCAAUGUCCUUGCCUUAUGCUCAAGUUGACUCCUGCGUACGAGCGCUCGCCGGCCAAGCCGAAGGGUUUGGCCGCUUCGCCGUUGGUGGGCUCCACGGUGCCCUCUAUCAUGUCACCUCUUUACUAGAUGAUGGGCCAGGAUCACUUCGCGAAGGUUGUCGAAGAAAAGAACCACUUUGGAUUGUGUUUGAAGUGUCAGGCACCAUCCAGCUUUACUCUUACUUGAGUGUCUCGUCUUAUAAAACAAUAGAUGGCCGCGGCCAAAGGAUAAAACUUACAGGGAAGGGCUUGAGGCUGAGUGAAUGUGAACAUGUUAUAAUAUGUAAUCUAGAGUUUGAAGGUGGCAGAGGACAUGAUGUGGAUGGCAUUCAAAUAAAACCCAACUCAAAACAUAUAUGGAUAGACCGUUGUAGCCUCCGUGAUUACGAGGAUGGGCUGAUAGAUAUGACCCGUGGAAGCACAGAUAUUACAAUAUCUAGGUGUCACUUUUCAUCCCAUGACAAGACAAUGCUCAUCGGAGGAGACCCCUCUCACAUUGGUGAUAGAUGUAUUAGAGUGACCAUUCACCACUGUUUUUUUGAUGGGACUCGACAGCGACAUCCUCGUGUUAGAUUUGCAAAAGUACAUCUUUACAAUAAUUACACCAGAAACUGGGGAAUUUAUGCUGUUUGUGCCAGUGUUGAAUCACAGAUAUACUCCCAAUGUAAUAUAUAUGAAGCGGGACAAAAGAAGGUAGCAUUUAAGUAUCUUACGGAGAAGGCAGCUGACAGUGAAGAGGAAGGACCGGCUGCAUAAAGUCAGAUGGGGAUUUG